AUGUGUAGGGGUUGUCCCCCUAUCAUUCUUGGCGGUCUUACCUUAUCCUAUCCUCGCAACGUCAGGGGAUUGCCUCCUCGGUUGCAGAGCCCUGGAUGUGUAGGGGUUGUCCCCCUAUCAUUCUUGGCGGUCUUACCUUAUCCUAUCCUCGCAACGAAUAACUUGGUUGGCCCUUGUUUUCCUACAGUCCCCCUUGCAUCUUCCAGGUUGUCCCUGGGAGUGUGGGGUUACCUAUCCUCGCAAUGUCAGGGGAUUGCCUCCUCGGUUGCAGAGCCCUGGAUGUGUAGGGGUUGUCCCCCUAUCAUUCUUGGCGGUCUUACCUUAUCCUAUCCUCGCAACGCCAGGGGAUUGCCUCCUCGGUUGCUGAGCCCUGGAUGUGUAGGGGUUGUCCCCCUAUCAUUCUUGUCGGUCUUACCUUAUCCUAUCCUCGCAACGUCAGGGGAUUGCCUCCUCGGUUGCAGAGCCCUGGAUGUGUAG